AUGGUUCGUAUUACUGCCAUGGACCAGCUGGAGGCGGAGGAGGUGGUCGUCAGGGCGCCGGCGCCCACGGCGGCGUCCGGCGGGGUGAGGAGGGCCGGGGAGCCGGAGAGGCUGGCGCAGUGCCCCUGCCCGCGCUGCGAGUCCACCGACACCAAGUUCUGCUACUACAACAACUACAACCUCUCGCAGCCGCGCCACUUCUGCAAGGGCUGCCGCCGCUACUGGACGCGCGGGGGCGCGCUCCGCAACGUGCCCGUCGGCGGCGCCACGCGCAAGCCCAACGGCAGCCCCGCCGGCGUCCGCCGCAAGCGCCCAUCCCACUCCCACUCCAACUCCCACCACGCCGCCUCCUCUCAGGCCGCGCCGGUCGUCCCGCUCUCGGUCUCCGCGCCCGCGCCGCUCCCGCUGCCGCUGCUCCCGCCGCCGCAGCCGCAGCCGCAGCAGUACGAGCUGACCUUCCUGCCGCCGUCCCUUUCGGCGGUGGACCCCGACCGCCGCCUGCUCGACCUCGGCGGCAGCUUCAGCUCCCUGCUCGCGCCGCCCGCCCCGCUGCUGCCCAACUUCGCCACCAGCUUCGUGUUUGGCGGCGCCGGCGCGGGGAUGGCGAUGGCACACGCUCACGUCCCUGCUCUGCCGCAGCCGCCGCCGGUGGUGUCGCAGGCGCUGCCGGAGAGCUUCUGGGGCAUGGGGUGGCCGGACCUGUCCAUCUAGUCUCCUUCAACCUCCCCACCGGCCGGCGUGCGCAUCGCCAAGAUCAUGGAUGGCGACGGCCAAGCUCUAAUCGAUCUAGCAUUUUCUUUCCUUUAAUUAGGUGCAUGUUCAGUUGACGGUAGCUUUGUUAGUGUUACUACUGCAUCCGUCCAUCCAUCCAUCCUCCAUGGUUAUCUUUUUGAGAGCUUUCGAAGCGGUCUUGAUCAAUCAGUCAGAGCUAGCGAUAAGUAUUUUGUUAGUUAGGUUCGUUCAGGAGAAAUGGUGUGGUUAUGAGAGUCAAUCUGAGGAUGGUGGUGAAGAUAUUCAUGUUAAUCCGUGUGUUUUGUAUCCGCGACUGUAUGCAGUCUGCUGAUGGUACCAAGCGUAGAACUGAAACUGAUGGAACGAUGUUAGCUUAUUCACGUUGAAAUGCAAAAUCUUGAUUCUUUGUGAUUUCAUUAGUUGAAUUUAUACCAAUUAUUUGGCCCUA